AUGAAGUGCUCUUUUGUGUCAGCUGUUCUGUGUUUCUACGUCGCUUGCACUGCUGCCAUCCCAGUUGGAAAGGCUGAAGACUCUACUGUCUUGCAAUCUAGACGGGAUGGCUCGGAUGACUCUGUCGAAGCUGCUGCCCUGGUGUCUCCUCAACCAGAUACCGUUUUCAAGCGUACCUUUGGGAAUAACCCUCAAGGCAUAGAAGCGUCCCAGGAGCGUCUGCAUCCUUCGAAGAUAUCCGGAUGCAUGGAGGAGCCUAUGAUAUUCAUCAAAUUUCCUCAACCGGAAGAGCUCUCCAGGCGGUCAGCUGAGACCGACGACGCUGAAGCCGCUGCGCUCAAAUUUCCACAGCCAGACGUGGUCUUCAAAUGA